CCCCUGUGUGGUGAGCAUGUUAGGCUAUCCAGGCUGGAUUCGCUUCAAAAAAGGGGAGGAAAAUAAUCCAGCCGGGGAAGAGAGAGGGAGAAGAAGGAGAAGAAGAAGUUUUUCGUCUGACUGUUACACCGAAGAGAAAGGCUGAGGGGGGAAAAAGGAGAGACGACGGAGAUUAAAGAAAGAAAGAAAGAAAGAAGUGCGGGAUCUGUCUUCCCGAUCAGGACGACGCGUUAUGGACGCUUUAAAGUCGGCGGGCCGGGCGAUUAUCCGGAGUCCCAGCGUCGCCAAGCAGUCGUGGGCUUCAGGACGGCAUAAAAAGCUCCCGGAGAACUGGACGGACACGCGCGAGACCCUGCUGGAGGGCAUGGUGUUCCAGCUCAAGUAUCUUGGUGUCACGCUAGUCGAGCAGCCGAAAGGAGAGGAGCUGUCAGCCGCCGCAGUCAAGAGGAUCGUUGCCACGGCCAAAGCCAGUGGGAAAAAGCUACAAAAGGUCAUACUGAAGGUUUCUCCGAGAGGAAUCAUCCUGUACGACAGUGCCUCAAACCAGCUGAUAGAAAACGUCUCCAUUUACAGGAUCUCUUACUGCACUGCUGAUAAGAUGCAUGAUAAGGUAUUCGCCUACAUCGCUCAGAGCCAACGCAAUGAGACGCUCGAGUGCCACGCCUUCCUCUGCGCCAAAAAGAAAGUGGCACAGGCGGUGACUUUAACAGUAGCGCAGGCCUUUAAAGUGGCCUUUGAGUUUUGGCAGAAUGCCAAGGAAGAAAAAGAAAAGCGAGUAAAGUCAGACUCAGUUGGACCCAGCAACUCUCAGUCCCAGAAUUCAGAAAGUGUGGACGAAGGAGAAGUGGCCACAGGAAAUCUGUUAAACCUUGAGGAAGGUGCAGUUAUUCAUUCAGGAUGUGACGAUACAACACAGAGCAUCAGCACAGAGAACAACAACAUUGUAUGGGAGCUUGAUGACGGUCUGGAUGAAGCCUUCUCAAGCCGCAGUUUGGAUAGUUUUGAGUCGUGCUCAGACUCGCUGAGUGUCGUGCUAACCCCCAGGUCCUGGACACUGGGCUAAACCCUCAGGACUACAACGCUGACGAGUGCCUGUCGCCCUGCAACUGGGACAAAGCCGAUGGCGAGGACGGGUUCGGCUUCUGAGAGAGAGAGAGAGAGAGAGAGGAAGGUGGCUGGAAAGGUGAAAAAGGGAAAGAGGACGAAUCACGUCGCUGAUUGAUGGACAAGUGAAAACCGAUACAGAUGCUGCGUCGUCAUCGGAGUACAAGAACUGCACAGACCAAAGCAAUAAUAAUUUUUAUUUUUAAUUAUUAUUAUUAUUAUUCCUGUGAGCGGUAUUUGGCUUUAGUCUGCUUUUGUAUUAUGACGCUUUCUGUUACAGUCAGUUCGUUUAGUAUUUUUGACUUCUUUUAAUUUUUUUGUCUCUGUGUGUUGAAGAUAUAUGAAAUACACGUAUGAUAAAUGCGUGUCAUUUUUUUUUUUGAGCGGUUCAGGUCAGCUUUGCGAAUUGGGCUAUGCAGUUAUAACACUGUAAUGUUCUCUCUAAUAUGAGAGAUUUACAUCACUUGGGUUGUUAACAUUUUUAAAGUGGUUGAGGAAGUGGAUGUGGAGUGUGUAUGACCCAGGUUUGGUGAUCUGGUGAUCUAUUAGAUUCUUUAAAGAAGCGUGAGAUCAGACAUGUAGACACAGGGUGCUUUACCGGUUUUCACAGCUCUGGCUAAGCUUCAGCAUGUCGGAUAACCAAAUAUAUGCGGCGAGAGUUUAUACUAAAGACAAUCUUUUUCUUAUAUUUUUUAUUGGAUAAUGUAUUUUUGUACUCCCUGCAAAGAAUCUUUUCAAAGCACACGAUUUUAAUUUCAGGGAAAUAAGUUUAACGACUAAAGAUGUAUGGUUUCUUUGUGUGUGUGUGUGUGUGUGUGUGUGUGUGUGUGUGGUUGUUUUUUUUUUUAUCACCCAGAUUAAACAGUGAGGUCAUGUUCAUUAUCAGAUAAGGAAUGUAUACUUGCUGUGUAUAACUUUCCUGCUAGUUAGUAAUAUUUCACUUGCUUGGUUUUACAUGCCUCUGCCCCACAGGGUUUGGGCUAUUAUUAUUAUUAUUGUAAUUAUUAUUAUUGUUGUUUUUAUUUUUUCUCCAGCUCACCUCUCAGUGUUAAAAUUACAUUUUGACUGCAUCACAUAAUACAUUUUUUGUAUUAAAGACCAUAACCUUC